AGCGCAACGCGGCGCCGCGGCGGAGCGCGAGCAGGACGCGCGGCGGGACAUGUGGUGUCCGUCCUAAGCUCCAGAGACUUGCCUUUGACAGAACCCAGCAGCACCAUGAAGUCCAACCCUGCCAUCCAAGCUGCCAUCGACCUCACAGCGGGGGCUGCAGGGGGCACAGCGUGCGUACUGACCGGGCAGCCCUUCGACACAAUGAAGGUGAAGAUGCAGACGUUCCCCGACCUGUACCGGGGCCUCACCGACUGCUGCCUGAGGACCUAUUCCCAGGUGGGCUUCCGUGGCUUCUACAAGGGCACCAGCCCGGCGCUGAUCGCCAACAUCGCCGAGAACUCCGUGCUCUUCAUGUGCUAUGGCUUCUGCCAGCAAGUGGUGCGGAGAGUGGCUGGAUUGGACAGGCAGGCCAAGCUGAGUGACCUCCAGAAUGCAGCUGCUGGCUCCUUCGCCUCAGCCUUUGCUGCGCUGGUGCUGUGCCCCACGGAGCUCGUCAAGUGCCGGCUGCAGACCAUGUAUGAGAUGGAAACAUCAGGAAAGAUAGCCACAAGCCAGAAUACGGUUUGGUCCGUCGUGAAGACCAUCCUCAGGAAGGAUGGUCCCCUGGGCUUCUACCAUGGUCUCUCCAGCACUUUACUUCGAGAAGUGCCUGGCUACUUUUUCUUCUUUGGUGGUUAUGAACUGAGCCGAUCGUUCUUCGCAUCAGGGAGAUCAAAGGAUGAACUAGGCCCUGUCCCUUUGAUGUUAAGUGGUGGCGUUGGUGGAAUCUGCCUGUGGCUUGCUGUAUACCCAGUGGAUUGUAUCAAGUCCAGAAUUCAAGUUCUUUCCAUGUCUGGAAAACAGACAGGAUUUGUUGGCACCUUUCUGAAUGUGGUGAAAAAUGAAGGAAUAACUGCCUUAUAUUCAGGACUGAAACCUACUAUGAUCCGAGCAUUCCCUGCCAAUGGGGCACUAUUUUUGGCCUAUGAAUAUAGCAGGAAGCUGAUGAUGAGCCAAUUGGAAGCAUGCUGAUGUGUCUUGAUGGGCCUGGAUCCAAGCGCAGGCAUCUGAGGACAGACGUUCAUCUCAGGGGUUCACAAAGUACAAGAACAACGCGGACUUACUCGAUUUCUCGGGAAUUUUGUCUUUAUCUUCCCUUUUCCUAUCCUAAAUCUUACCCUUCAUGGAAGGGCCUCUAGUAAAACCAUGUAAAUUCUGUUCAUAAUAAUUGUAUUAGAAGAGAGCCGCUGCUCUUGCCCUUGAUAGAAUAUAUAGGGUAACUGGAGGCCUUCUGCGCCUAACUUGAAAGGCCAAAUAUAGUUUUGUCAUAAACCUUAUAUGUAUGUAUGUAUACAUGCAAUUUGGAUGUGUAUGUGUUGAGAAAAACACAGCUGGAUUCUAUGUUUAAUUAUGUAUUAUAACAGAAAGCCCAGCUUUGACCAUUUUUCAUGCAGAUGGUUACGAGUAAUUGCUUAACCCAUCGUGCACACAGGGCCUAGGUUAAAGUCUGCUGGACUUGUGCAUUUUUUAAGUUUUGUGUGGUACUUGAAAACUAAAAUCCAUCUAGAUUUUUAGGAGAAUGUCCAGGCACAUUGGCAUGGCUUGAUGAAUUCCAGAGUGGCCUAUCCUGAAGAGAGUGCCAUUCAUUUUUUAGGUGCACUUAUGUUCCACACUCUCAUCACAGUGCUAGGUGUGAUUCAAGGACCAGGCCUCUGAGAGGCAGCAGGGUCCUUACCAGUGUCCUUCUCUUCCUCUCCCAGAGCUUCCCCAUGCUGGACUGGACACUGGAGAUGGGGCUGGGAGGACCUACUGCCCAGCUGUGCUCUGAUGAAGACCCCAUGAGGCCCACAGCAGCUCCUGCCUAAGUCCAGUUCUGAGUCCUGGCUUGGGCAGGAUUCCAGGAUGUUCUUUAGGCCUCAGAUUUGAGGUUGCCAGUCUACUUUGCCAAUCUCUCAUCAUCCUCUCUGCCUCUACCAAUGAGAGCCUUCUGCAAACAGAGAAGUGUUGGCUUCCUGCUUGGUCAAGUGCAGUUCUCAUGGUUGGAAGCCCUGUUCUUCCAGAACUGGAAGGAGCUUAGUGCUUUCUCCAUAGCAAGUAAUGCCAGAGCUUACCCUGCUUCUAGUCCGCCUUGGGAUUUGUAACUGCUUGCCUUGCUGUCAGAGUUGGAGCCUUCUACAUUGGGGGCCAGCUGUCUGAAUUUUCAAGGUGGCUGAAGACGGGUGUGAUAAGCAGUUUUGUUAACUGAGGUAGUGUGCAUGUAGCAACCAUGAAAAGUAAACCUGCAUUUCCUGGCAUGGGAGGGCCUUUCCUGUCACUGCAGGGGGGAUCCUCAUGGCUGUGCUGCUCAGCCAAGUGCUUAUUAUGCCUGUAAAGCCAAAGCAAGCAGGCUGACUUGUGUCUCUCUGUUGGCAAAUAUAAAUGCUAGUGACCCCCCCCCCCCCCCGUCUGCCUAAGCGGUCUGUGAUCACCAACCCUCCAGUAGCUCUUAGCUUAGUGUCCGCAGCACAAGGGUCAGGCCAGUAAGGUGCUGCCAAGUGGAGAGCGGCCAGUCUUGCAUGCUCCAGAGCCCUAGCUGGGCCUCCCCUUGCUCGCUCUUGAUGAGAAAACCAUCUCGCCACCUUAAUUUUCUCUGUGCUUGAAUGGUCAGGAGCUCCUUCAUGGUGCUUCAUCUGAACAGGCGUGGACUGAGGCAAGAUAGAAAACAGAUCUGGCUUCCUGGCUGGAGCCCAGAGUCCCCAUGCCUGGUACCAGAGGCUAGUCUACAUUGGCCCUGUUGGCAGUAGGUUUUCUCAGGGCAUCCAUUAAAGAUUUAAUAAAAUAUUUUCCAUAGAAAUAGAAGCAAAUGGAAGUGAAGAAUAGAAACCCAAGGAGAGGUUUUUCUUCAUUCUAUUUGCUUGAUUUGUGAUUCAACAUGUGGGUACAAUUUGUACCAUUUCAGGUUGUACUCUAAGACAAAAACAUAAUAACUUGAAAUAUUUUGUUUAAAGAAACGAGUGUUUUAUCAUCAUUAAAUUAUUUACCUAAUAUGAA